AUUCUAAAGCGAGUGGAUUCAUGCAGCAGCCCCCAUUCUCACUCCCACUCGGGGGUGGAGCUUCAGCUUUGAGCCCACUUUUCUUUUUUUUUUUUGCGUGUGUGCGAGUGCCACAAACUUCAUCGUGCAUGUCGAGUUUGUCAGUCAGGAGUGUGUGCACGGUACCGGCUCGAGGAGGGGCGAAGGAAAAAGAUGAUGCUGAGCGUGUUGAAGUUUACGUGCGCCAUUGUGACCAGGGCGCUCUUUCUCUUCGUGUCGCUGGCGGGUGUGUGGCGGGUGACGUGGGUGAAGGGGGACAACAUUUUCUGGCUGCUCACGCUGCUCUUCGUGCCGCUGCUGCUGGAGAUGAUCGUCACGCUGAAGAGGAGGAAAGGUCAAGAUUACAAAUGGUUUUCCCCUCCCAUCUUUCUCUUUCUGAUCAGUAUCAUCCCCUCCAUUUGGAUCCUGGAGCUCCACUACCAGCAGGACAAAGCCGGCGACCCUCAGUGCAAGAAGCUCGACUCGUGGGAGAACGUGAAACGAGUGAUCACCCUGAACGAGACCACGGGGGAAAACCUCACGUACCAGAACUACCUUGAGAACAUCAACCAGGCGUUGUGCUCCAAUGAGUGGAUCCUCGCUCUUCAUCAGAUCCUGCUCAUUCUCCUCAUCGUGGGAAAGUGGCUCCUGCCCCUGGGGGGCGGCGUCACCAGGGACGAACUCUCCCAGCUCCUUCUGAUCUUUGUCGGAACGGCGGCGGACAUCCUUGAAUUCACGAGUGAGACGCUGUCAGAUGUCAAAGAGAACAGUCCUCAGUUGGUCUAUAUCAUCUUAGCUGUAUGGACGUGGAGCAUGUUGCAGUUUCCUUUACAUUUGGCUGUGGUGAACUCCAAGUCAGACUCGGUGGACGAGCAGGAUGUACGAGAGGCUUCCCUUCUGACCAAACACAGCACGGACAUCUGGAGUAUUGUGGAGGCCUUGUUUAUCCACGACGGCCCCUUCCUGAUGGUGCGACUCACUGUCAUGACCUUCUUCGACGUCUUCCACCAAAUGCUGGUCUUCUUCGCCAUCAAGAACUUCCUGGUGGUCAUUUUGAACGUGUACAGGCUGGCCGUCAUCUGCCAGGACUUCAGACCUUCUCGGAGUGGCAGUGGCCUGGGCACUACCAUCCCGUAAUUAGGUGGAAUCAAAUCUCCAGGGCAAAAGGGAAACCAAGUGAUUCUUGACUGUAUUGAUUGGACGGUAAUACUUUUGCGUUGUCUUCAUGAGUCUCUCAAAGUCACUUCCCCGGAAACUCUUUUCAACCAUGUUCCUGCAUUUGACGCCACAUUCAAUCUCCAUGCUUAAUCCUUCUGUUGCUAAACUAGGACAGAUUGAUAAAUUCUCAUCGAGGAUUGGACUGGAGUAACCGGGGUGGUGUGAAAACUGAAGACACCAGCAGACCAACUGGAAAAGAGGAAGCGGGACAGGAAAAAAAAGGAGUGUCUGUUGGUUUCUGGAUCCUUCUGAAAGUGUGUCAGCACAACAGAAAAAGCAAAAUAAAAAUAGUCGUCAAGCCCUGAUAAGAUAAGACUUUCCGUUCCAAUUCUUGCAGUCUGAGCAUGAAGGUCAGAAGACAUGGGAAAGCGUCUUGUCAGUGCUGACGGCCUUGGGAGAUUGGACCAAGCGUUUGAACUCAGUCAGGAAGGUGAAACAGAUCAUACUCAUGCGUAAACACCGGUUAAUUAAAGUAUUUCAUCUAAUGCUGACUCAGAUGGUUCAUUCCUGUUUUUAGCAAGACAGUAACACAAUUGUCAAGCAUUGGUUGUUUUUAUAUCUGCUAUAAAAAGACAAAUAGCACAAUAAAAAUCUCCCGAAAGUGAUUCAUA